UCUUCCUGGUCUGGUCCCUCUGCGGGCCCCUCCCUGCUGCCUCCAGGGCCUCCUCAGGGUCAUUGUGAUCCGCCCCCACCCAAGGCCAGGAAAGGAGCAGAGGGCACUGAGGCCUGGGGGCAGAGGGCGGGGCUGUUGUGCUCAGGAUACCAAGACUGCAGUCACAAGCCCGUGGCAGGACUCCUGACCAGGAGGGACAGAGGGCCCAGGGUCCCACUACCCCUUCCUGAUCCGGAGGCCCAGGGCGUCUGCCUGGAGGAGGCAUGACAGACAAUGUGUGCCAUUGUCUGCAAAUACUCCUCCCCUAGGGAUGGAAGGGCUACCUCCUUGGGAAGUUAGAAUCGUGAAUGGGGAAGCUUCUGUUUACUGAGAGCCAGCGGCAAGCGCAGGACUGAAGGCUUGACUACAAUAUCCCACAAGUUUAACCCUCGGAGCGUUGAAAGAGCACCCUGCCAUUCUCAUCUGUGCAGCUGCUCCCGCACAGAUCCAGGGAACAGCCCUGUCCAGCAGGCUUCGAGAGGGAGGAGGGGACUUCAGGAGGUGCCGCUGCUGAGUUGGGUGCCUGAGCAGAGACGUGGCUGGUGACAGCAUGACGAGCGAGGUGAUAGAAGAUGAGAAACAAUUCUAUUCGAAGGCCAAGACGUACUGGAAAGAAGUCCCGCCCACGGUGGACGGCAUGCUCGGGGGGUAUGGCCACAUCUCCAGCAUCGACAUCAACAGCUCCCGGAAGUUCCUGCAGAGGUUUUUGAGGGAAGGCCCAAACAAGACGGGAACCUCCUGCGCCCUGGACUGCGGAGCCGGCAUUGGAAGGAUCACCAAGCGGCUGCUCUUGCCGCUCUUCGGAGUGGUGGACAUGGUGGACGUGACGGAGGACUUUCUGGUCAAAGCUAAGACCUACCUGGGGGAGGAGGGCAAGAGGGUGCGGAACUACUUCUGCUGCGGGCUCCAGGACUUCAGCCCCGAGCCCAGCUCCUACGACGUGAUCUGGAUCCAGUGGGUGAUAGGCCACCUGACCGACCAGCACCUGGCUGAGUUCCUGCGGCGCUGCAAGCGGGGCCUGCGCCCCAAUGGCAUCAUUGUCAUCAAAGACAACAUGGCCCAGGAGGGCGUGAUCCUGGACGACGUGGACAGCAGCGUGUGCCGGGACCUCGAGGUGGUCCGCGGGAUCAUCCACAGUGCGGGCCUCAGCCUCCUGGCACAGGAGCGGCAGGAGGGCCUCCCCGACGAGAUCUACCACGUCUACAGCUUGGCCCUGCGAUGAGCGGGGGCUGGCCGCCGGGCGAGACCCAGAGGCUCCACGUUGGUGGUUUGGGAGUGUGGAGUGAGGCCACCAAAUAUACCUGUCUGCUGUUCACUCACUAUACAGGCUUUUUUAAAAAGGCAUAAUGGGGCCCAGCGGGGAGGGGUGUGGCUACGGGGCAGUGAGGCGGUAGCCUGGCUGUGCAGCCUCCAGAGGCGAGGCCUGGGCAGGGAGGCCCUGCAUAGAAAUAGGCCGUCGGAUCACCUAUGGCCUCGGGCCUGGCGGCCUUAAGAGCAGCAGAGCCCUUAACAUGGCUGUGCAGGACUUGACCUCGGGGGGAUGGGCCGGGCGCUGCGAGCCUGCUGUCUCCUGCAGCUGGGGGGGCGUUCGUGUUGAGUCCUGUUUGGUCAGGGGGCUCUGGUGACCUCAGUGAUCGUCACGACAGCCUGCAGCAUGGGGAGAGGUCUGUUUCCUCACUCUUGGCUGUGCCUGAGGCUCCUCCUUGGUGGGCAUUUUCAAUCAAAAAUAAAAGGUGACCCCUGUGCCGUGAAGGCCUGA